AUGCGCGAAGAGAAAAAUAGCAUCGCUGCCAUGGGCCAGGGGUGGGGGGAGGAGGAGGACAUGCAGCCGGUGGUUCUGUGGGUUCCCAGCGGGCGGCGGCUGCUCUCGGGGCUGUUGGGGAUGAACCUGGUGCUCCUGGGCGCCGCCCUGGUGGGCAGCCAGGCCUUUAACCCCAGCGGGCUGCGCAACCAGGAGCCCGAGGCCUUCCUGCUGCUGGUGAUGGGCCUCAGCCUGGCCUGGCUGCUCUGGCACCUGCUGUGGGCCCGCAGACAGCCCGGAGCCCCGCCCCACACGGACCACCAUGCCGGGGGCGUCGCUGUCACAGUGGUCCUCAUGGUGCUUGCAGCCUUCAGUGUCCUGCUGCAUGUCUUCAGGCUGGGGUACUUCGCCAUGAUGGUGGGGUGCAAACCCGCCGCCAAAAUCCUGUCCGCCUUCUUCGAGGGCCCCUUUGUGAUUCUGCAGACAUACCUGCUGUGGGCUCACUCUAAGGACUGCGUUCACAAACACAAGAUCCAGACCAGGUGUGGGCUCAUACUCACCCUCUGUGUGGACGUGUUGUUGUGGCUGAACGCUGUAACUGAAGACACGGUGCACAUGGAGAUCGAGCUGGAGCGAGAGGAGGCUGGCGUCUUCGGAAACUUAUCCUUUGACAUCGAGAGCUCAGAGUCGGGGAACGGGACCCUGUGCCAGUGUGGGGCGUACACGAUGUGCCUGGUGUUCCGGAAGGGCGUGGAGGUGCUGUACCCCUUCAACAUGGAGUACUACCUGAUGGCCGGGUGCCUCCUGUACGUGAUGUGGAAGAACGUGGGCCGGCACACAGACCCCCGCGCCCCCGCCGCCCCCCACAGGCUCACCCUGAGGGCCAUACGCCGCAGCGGCGUCCUGCUGGGGCCCCUGGCGGGGGGGGCCACACUGCUGCUGGGCGUGGCCCUGUUUGUGCUGUACCAGGUGUGGGUGGGGCACCGCAAGCAGAGGGAGGCGGCCUUCCUGCUGUUCUACGGGUUCCACCUGGUGCUGGUGCCGCUGAUGGUGCUGGCGUCGCUGGGCGGGUCGCUGGUGCACGUGCUGGAGAGGCGGGGCCGGGGGAAGGGCGGCGGGGAGGGGGGGCGCAACCCCGCCCGCAGCCUGGAUGUGCUGCUGCUGGUGGGGGCCGCCCUCGGCCAGCUCUCCCUCUCCUACUUCUCCCUGGUGGCGGCUCUGGCCGUGGGGCCCCAGGGCAUGAUGGGAAACCUGGAUCUGGCGUACUCGCUGCUCUGCCUGCUGGAGCUGGUGCUGCAGAAUGUCUUCAUCAUCGACGGCCUCAACGGCCCCCACCACGGCCCCCACCACUCCGCGGGCCCCGCCCACUGCCAGAGAGCCACGAAGAAGAGCAGGAAGGCUGUGGUCGAACUUCUGGAGCCAGACAAAGCAGCAACAGCGGGCGAGACCGAGGGUGGCAAGAAGAAGCCCUGGACCAGACGAGCCAAACAGGAGAUCUGUGCGUUCCUGAUUCUGUCCAACAUCAUGCUGUGGGUCAUCCCGGCCUUCGGAGCGCAUCCCCAGUUUGAGAACGGCCUGGGGAAGAAGUUCUUCGGCUUCACGGCCUGGUUCAUCCUGGUGAAUCUGGGGCAGCCGCUGGGCGUGUUCUACCGCAUGCACUCUGUCGGGGCGCUGAUCGAGAUCCUCAUCACUGCCUGAUCCAGGCCGGGUCUUCACUCCUGCCUCCGAUCCGAUCCAGGACCGAUCCCGGCCCGGGUCUUCACUCCUGCCUCCGAUCCGAUCCAGGACCGAUCCCGGCCCGGGUCUUCACUCCUGCCUCCGAUCCGAUCCAGGACCGAUCCCGGCCCGGAUCUUCACUCCAGCCAGUAAUCCGAUCCAGGACCGAUCUGACCUGGGGUUUGACUCCAGCCACAGCCUCUGAACCGAUUUGAUGGGCCAAAUCUUUCCGUUUUGAACUGAAGUUUGUGAUGAAGUCAUGAGUUAGCAGUUAGAACUCACACUGGCCCUCCGAUGUGCCUCUGGCCUGAUCACUGUGGAACCGCACUCAGACCCCUUCUACCCCACUCAGACCCCUUCUACCCCACUCAGAACCCUUCUACCCCACUCAGAACCCUUCCACCACGGGACAAAAUCUGUCCAAACAGCCACUCGUCCCUAUGUGUGACCGCAUGGUGGAUGCUGCCAUUCAAUCCCCUCGUUGACCUUUCCAAGGUCACCAGGGGCAAAUUCCAGGAUCAUGCCUUUACUAAUGACUGUUGCCAUGGUGUCAGAAGCACUGCAUGAUUACCAGCUAACUCCACCCAAAUCCUACCAUUACCAGCUAACUCCACUCAAAUCCUACCAUUACCAGCUAACUCCACUCAAAUCUUACCAUUACCAGCUAACUCCACUCAAAUCCUACCCUUAACCCCAAACCCCCCCGCCCCUCUACAGCAUUCCAAUGUAAUUUAUACGGGUUAUUAAGAGCUUUAUUAGAUGUCCUGUAUAUAUUUAGGAUUUCUAUUUUGGCUCUCAGCAAGCAUUGCUCUUGUUCGGUGCUUUAGUUCUGCUGCAUGUACGCUUGGUCUGGGAAUGUUGGGAAUGCUAUUGGGAAUUCUGUUAGCAGGUCUGGCUCUGUUGCGGAUAUAAACUCAGGGAACGCUGUUCUGGUGCUAUGCUUUGAAUAAGAGGGUGUGCCACGUGGAUGAAAAUGUGUUGACAAUAAUGUUUUAGUCAGCUUAGGACUCAGCGUGACUGUAAGUGUGAUGAGGAUGUUUUAGUCAGGUUAGGCCACAGCGUGACUAUAAGUGUGAUGAGGAUGUUUUAGUCAGGUUAGGCCACAGCGUGACUACAAGUGUGAUGAGGAUGUUUUAGUCAGCUUAGGCCUCAGCGUAACUAAGUGUGAUGAGGAUGUUUUAGUCAGGUUAAGCCACAGCGUGACUACAAGUGUGAUGAGGAUGUUUUAGUCAGCUUAGGCCUCAGCGUAACUAAGUGUGAUGAGGAUGUUUUAGUCAGGUUAAGCCACAGCGUGACUAAGUGUGAUGAGGAUGUUUUAGUCAGGUUAGGCCACAGCGUGACUACAAGUGUGAUGAGGAUGUUUUAGUCAGCUUAGGCCUCAGCGUAACUAAGUGUGAUGAGGAUGUUUUAGUCAGGUUAAGCCACAGCGUGACUACAAGUGUGAUGAGGAUGUUUUAGUCAGCUUAGGCCUCAGCGUAACUAAGUGUGAUGAGGAUGUUUUAGUCAGCUUAGGCCUCAGCGUGACUAAGUGUGAUGAGGAUGUUUUAGUCAGGUUAGGCCAUGAUAUUUGAAUGUACAAAUGUGGAGUUUGUCCUGAUGGAUGAAAAAGUACUGAAAAAUACUAAAAUACUCCAGGUGCUUAUACUGGUUAUUAAUAAAAUAUCCCAGAGCCCCCAUCACUGGGACACUGGCUUCUCAUUGGGCCCACAGGGAAAAGCGCCCCCUUCUGGCCACCAACGUCAUCAAGCAAAAGAAAGUGCUGUAUGAUUGGCUGAUUUUCUGAAAAGUAGUCAACCCUGUGAUGUAAUAACAGAAUAAUCAAUAAUUUCAUUGAUACUGACGGUACAAUUAUUUGAAACUGUAGCAUUCAAACCUUACAUCAGGCUAUUGCAAAGAAUGUGACAUGGAAUAUUGAUU